AUGGAGUCAGACAAAAUGAGCCAAAAGCCAGCAUCUCCCACAAACGAAGACUAUCGUCCACCUCUACCGCCUCGGCCGUCAACGAGCGCUACUGACACAGCCUCUCUGCAAGCCCAUGCUACCACGGCAAUAACUCCUGUUGAAAUACAGACGCUCUCUUUUCCUGAUGGAUCUCGAGGGACAUUUUCCACUCCUGGUCCCGACUCGCUCCCAAGCCCCGCUGAGGGUGAUCAUGCUUCCCCAAAUCGACAGGAGAGUAGUGGCAGCGGUGAGGCAGACGAGACUGCUAGCAUUAUGAGUUUUGCACCAACAAUGCGACCUGCUGGCGAUAUCGCAAGUCUACUUGCCGGUGAACUACAUAAGAAGAGUCCAGCUUGGAAAAUGCUGCGAACUCAGUCGGCCACUGUUCUUCCUUUUGAGAAAGGCAGAGUAGGCGCAAACGACCGAUUCGCCGAGUUUCAUCACGAGUUCAAUUCUCUACCGGAGGAUUAUGGCGAAGAUGUUGAAUCUGACAUUCUGCAUCUCUGGAAGUCGAAACUGAAGCAUUAUCUGAUUCUGUCAUCAGCCGGAAAGCCCAUUUGGAGCCGCUAUGGAGAUCUAAGUCUGAUAAACUCCUCCAUGGGCGUUGUUCAAACCAUCAUUUCAUUCUAUGAAGGUGCCAUGAAUCCCCUUCAGGCUUUUUCUGCUGGGGAUACCCGUUUUGUUGUCUUGACCAAAGGUCCGCUCUACUUUGUCGCUAUCAGCAAGCUGGGCGAAAGCGACUCGCAGAUACAGGCACAAUUGGAUGCGCUAUAUAUGCAAAUCUUGUCAACACUAACCUUGCCCAGACUAACUCAUAUUUUUGCGAACCGACCGUCAACUGACUUGCGAAAGCCUCUCGAAGGGACUGAGGGUCUUCUGUCUUCUCUGGCUGAUACGUUCACAAAGGGAUCUGCUUCCGCUUUGCUUGGAUCCUUGGAAUGCCUCCGGCUUCGGAAGUCUCAGCGGCAUGCAAUCAAUAAUACUUUCCUCAAAUUGCGUACGGACAAGUUGCUGUAUGGUCUAAUUGUUGCUGGCGGGAAACUUGUCAGCGUCAUUCGGCCUCGCCGGCAUUCACUUCAUCCCAGCGACCUGCAACUUAUUUUCAAUAUGCUCUUCGAGAGCGACGGCAUCAAGGGUGGUGGUGGAGAGAACUGGAUCCCCAUUUGCCUUCCCGCUUUCAACAACAAAGGUUAUCUUUACAUGUACGUCAGUUUCUUUGACGGCACUUCUGGGGAUCAAGCUAGUUCUCCUGCAGCGGCACAAGGGCGCUCGUCAGAAGAAAUCGCAAUGAUCCUCGUAAGCACUGAUCGUGAGAGUUUCUUCGAGUUGAAGCAGAUGCGGGACAACGUCGCCCAGCAGCUUGCCAAAAAUGGGACAUUGGCUAUUAUUCAGAACGCCACCCGCCUUGGUCGACCAAAAAUACACGAAAUUGCCCCCGGGAGCCAAGUCAGCCACUUCCUUUACAAGUCGCGGGCCAAUGUACAAUUCUGCAUGGCGUCAUUGGAGCCGCACUUCACUGGUCUUGUUGAGCGCAGGAGAUUGAUGACGGUGUACCAUGAGCUCCAUGCAUCCAUUCACGCCAAACACUCGCAUCUCAAAGUUCUGCACGCUGUUGGAGAUGAUGCAACCUCAUUGGCCUGGACCACACCUGUGUUUGAGUUUUACUGUGUUGCUGGGCCUAAUGUGUCGAGAGCGACGAUUACACAAGGAGCGAACAAGAUUAUCCAGUGGGCCAAGAGGGAAGAAGAGCGCCUUUUCAUCAUUGGCGGUGGUGUAUUCUGA